UUCCCUUGUCGCCCAGUUUUAAUCCGACAACCCUAGAUACACAGCCAAGAUGUCUGCGAGAGGACGCGGUGGUGCCUCCGGCAACAAGCUCAAGAUGACCCUCGGUCUGCCUUGCGGCGCCGUUCUCAACUGCUGCGACAACUCCGGUGCUCGCAACCUGUACAUCAUCUCCGUCAAGGGUAUCGGUGCUCGCCUGAACCGUCUCCCCGCUGCCGGUGUCGGUGACAUGGUCAUGGCCACCGUCAAGAAGGGAAAGCCUGAGCUCCGUAAGAAGGUCAUGCCCGCUGUUGUUGUCCGUCAGAGCAAGCCCUGGAGACGCCCCGACGGUAUCUACCUCUACUUCGAGGACAACGCUGGUGUUAUCGUCAACGCCAAGGGUGAGAUGAAGGGUUCCGCUAUCACCGGUCCCGUUGGUAAGGAGGCUGCUGAGCUUUGGCCUCGUAUUGCCUCCAACUCCGGUGUUGUCAUGUAAAAUGUGUUAAACCUGGAAUUUGGAGCAAGAAAAAAAAAGCGAUACCAAGGGCUUCUAGAACAAAGGGG